AUGGCUGACAGCAAGCUCCCAGGUCCCAGCAAAGUUCCUGGAGCUCCGCGAGUGAUGCAGUCUCAAAUCACAUAUCCCGAAUUCAUUCGCAUGGAGGGCCCCACAGGAGAUUUCAGCAUCAACAUUCCCACCCGUUGGAGGGCCCAGUUUGAUGAUGCGCCGGGGCGGCUGGUGUAUGCUGUAGAGAAUAAUGCUGGCUUUAACAGCGCGACUCUUCAGGUUGCUCGAAUUUCACUGUCACGCCUUUCGAUCAGUGCAGGUUCCACUCCGGCAGAUUCCCAAACCAGCGAUUGGCGUCAGGUAGUUCGAGGUAAUAUCACUGAAGCAGAUGUGGCUCAGGCCCUGAUGCUUCUUGCUCAGCAAGGACUCAGUACUGCCAGAGAGUCCAGUGCCGAAACUUCUGUAAUUGACACCGAGAUUGAGGCACCUGAAGCUGGUGCAGAUGCCACGUCCCUCCUAUGGAGCGCUAGGUCUGCCGUGCAAGAUUUCCGCGAGAGUCGCAUCAUCAGCGGACGAGCCUUGCUGCGACAGGGCAUCGUGGUUUUUGCUGUGUCGACGGGAUCGGAGCGCUUCGGGGCCGUUUCGGGCAGUAUCAGCUCCAGUGGCUUCGGCUGGGAGUUUAACAAUCGUCUGGUUCGCAUCAUCCAAGUGAACCCGGCCAGGAAUCGGAUGAAAUUGUCCAUGCUGCCCCAGGAGGAAGUACCACAGGAACGGUCCGUGCAGAGGCCUCCGCCACAAGCGCCGAAGCCAGGGCGCCUGGUGGAAGACUUGAAGCCAUUUCGCACCCUCAUAGGCCAAUGGUUGCCCGGCGUAGUGAAGCAGCUUCGCCGAAAUGGUGUCCAGGUGGCAGUGGUGUCCAAAACGGGCGCCUAUGCCGUAGGCACGGUCUUCAUGAACCAGAUCCAGGAUGGCUUUGUGCACCGCCUGGAAGAGGUGUUAAGCCCUGGUCAGGAGGUAAAGGUCCAGAUUCUGGCAGUGAACUUGCAGAGCAAGCAGCUAACCCUCUCCAUGAGGGGGGGCUUCAACCACAAAAAGCAGGAUGUGAGGCCCUUUGAGAGCGUUUCCUCCACAGAGUGGUUCCCUGGCACUGUGGAGAAGGUCAAGGAGUACGGGAGCUUCGUGACGGUGAGGCAAGGGAGGACAACUGCCGAAGGCCUUGUCCGCCCGUGGGAGAUGGUCGGUGAGCCGGCCACUGGCGACGCCGUGGAAGUCCGAGUACUGGGCGUGAACGUGGAGAAGGGUAGCAUGUUUCUUUCUAUGAAGCCCCCAUUCACGCCUUCAGCGACUGGAGCGGGGGUCGACGGGUAA